AUGUUUUUCUUCCAGAUAUUUGAUGGACCAACAUCUUCCUCAGCAGCUAUCUAUCCUACGUUUGUAAAACUUGCAGAACCGGUUGUGACUCGGUAUAUACGAAUAUUACCUCGAAAACAAUCAGACCCGUUUCAUGUGAUGAGGCUGGAAGUUUAUGGUUGUCUUAAGGAGCCUAUGCCUUCAUAUUUUGGUAAGCUGUGACCAAUACCAUACCAUGCCAUAAUAUGCAAUACCAUACCAUAUCAUUGCACAGUGUAGCAUACCAUAAAAUACUACACCACACUAUACCAUACCAUACCACGCCUUACCAUGCCAUAUCAUACUAUACCAUGCCUUACCACACUAUACCAUGCCUUACCAUCACUACCGUAGGAAGUAAAUUUGUAUUGGGGGGGGGGGCUGAUUAGUCAGGGGCGAUUAUUACGUCAUUAUUUCCCUCUCAAACGUCACAGAUUAUCGCUAGUUUACAAAUUAUUGAGGGGGGCUAAAGCCCCCCCAUUUCCCCCGGUUGCUACGGCCCUGACCAUGCCUUACCAAUGCCAUGCCAUGCCAUGCCAUGCCAUACCUACAAUACCAUGCGAUAAAUAGUAUCUUGUUUUUAGUUCCAGAUGAUUUUUCUCGUCGUUCAUAUCUCCUGAACAACUUAACUGGCGACUUUUACGUCUGCCUCUAUAGCGAUGACAGGUAUGAAUCUACAAAUAAUUUUGUAGCGUAGCGAAUUGGAUAAAAAUAUUUUAGUCUUGUGCAUAUCUUUCUUAUUUUAUAGAACUAAAAGCAGUUGCCAAUAUACCAGAGAUGGUUACACCUGGAAAAGUAAGUUACCCAAAUCAAGAAUGUUUAAUCCGUGUUAGCAGUGGCGAAAUAAUGCAGCGCGAUUCAUAUCUCCAUGAAUACAGCGCGAUUCCCCCUGCCCCCCAACCCCCUCCACCCUAGUGUCCGCCGCUGCAUGUUAGUCUAGAAAUGGCUGAUUCGUUUGGACGAACUUGAGCAAAGAAAAGAUAGCUCGCAAUUCGUCUGUGUGUAAAUGCGACAAACAGAUGGGACUCUCCCUCAAAACCAUAGGCGUACCGGGCGGGGGGGGCGGGGGGGGGGGCGGCAGCCCCCCCAGUUUUUUGGGCAGUCGGGCAAUAUUCGAUAAACAGUCGGGCAAUUUUGGUAUGCAAUAAAAAAAAAUGGGACAAAUUCUGUUAAUUUUGUCUAAAAUUAAUUCAAUUUUUUGGCAAAUGUUGCGAUUUUUCGAAAAUUUGUGUUAUGUUCCGAAAAAUAUUGGUUGUCCGAAAAUUUUUUUUGACCCGUAAAAUGGUACACUGACCGAAAUUUUUUUGGCGACGGGAGGGGGAGGUCGCCAAAAUAAUUUUUCCGGAAAAAAUUUUUUGGUAGUCGGGCAGAAUCCCGAAAAGUCGGGCAAUUUUCUUACCGCCCCCCUAAUUUUUUCCUUCCGGUACGCCCAUGCUCAAAACAGACUAUUCGUGUAGUUGGUCUCAAACACUUUGAUCUACAACGCAGAACUGGCAUGGAUGUAUGGCAUUAGACUAACUAACAAGUCUUGCAAGCCUUUGACUGAGCUGUAAGGAAAAUGUUCAUAUAAGAAUGACUUGGUUGUUUGUACAGAGUUCAAUCAAAAGUUUGCAGUGAUGGAUUUUGAAAUGCUUUGAAACUGACGUAAAAUACUACCGAAUAAUUAUGUAUCAGCAUGCCUGUGCCAGAUUUGACAAGGAAUCUAUCAUGACACAGUAUGGUCAAUUUGAGACGUCCAGCAUGCCCUAGCCAAGCCUAGCAUACCUCAGCAUGAAGGGUAAAUCAAUUGCGGCGCCAUAGCCAAAACAUCACAGCAUUACUGAGCAUAGUAUGGAGUAAGAAGAAGAUGUAUUAGUUGUGCUAAAAAUCUGACACAGUUAUUUAACGUAAUUUAUAACAAGACCGCAAUGACUGAAAAAUAAACAUUUGGAUAAAUAGACAAGAGAAUUUUAGGUUAAUAUGCUUCUCCAGUAUUGGUACCAACUGACAUACAACAUGUUUUAUUUUAGAGUUGAGCAAACGCAUAGUAAAAGUUUUGGCUCUUGACUCUCGUAACUUUGCGAUAUAUGGGCUGGAUCGAUCAAAUAGUUAUCUACGACUUUCUGGGAAUGACUGGACUGUCAUCUCUCUCAAGCAAUGGGAGAGAGUGCAAUUGUCAUUAACUGUGAUACUAGCCAGAGAUGUGCCUGAAAAUCUUCUCAGAAAAGAUCAUAUUGGAGGAGAAAUCUAUGAAUCCAGCAAUGGUUAUCAGUGGGCAGGUAACAGGUCUUCCCAUGUCAUAAAGAAUCAUUUCAUAGACAUAUCAAGUAUAAGUAGAGUUAGUGUAGACUUUCUCAAUGAAUUAUAUUUCAUUAUUUUCUUUAGUUUCCCACCCUGGUGUAAAUAUGAAAAGUCCUGGGGGAAAUUGGGUCCUAGUAGCCACAUGGAAAUGCUGUAAUCAUUGA